CACUCUCCCCUGUCGGUUUCCUCCCCUCCACCACAUCAAUUGCUUCACCCCAGCCCAGCUGAGCAACAGCGCAUUCUCACCAUGCCUCACGCAGACUCCUCCUACUUCGCCUCCGCCAAUGGCGAUAAAGCAGAAGUCUAUACCCAGCUGAUUGAACAAGCUCAGGGCUUGUGCUAUGGACAGCGGAACUGGGUAAGCAACUUCUCCAACAUCGCCUCCCUCCUCUGGCACGCCUACGCCUCCCUCCCCGCGCCCUCCGCCUCCGUAAACUGGGCUGGCUUCUACAUCCGCCAGGACAAGUUCCCCCGUCCCAGCACCACCACCACCACCACAUCCAGCACAUCCAGCACCGACAGCGCCAGCAAACCCAACCUCCUCCUCGGCCCCUUCCAAGGCCGUCCCGCCUGCCAAGAAAUCCGCUUCGGACGCGGCGUGUGCGGCACCGCGGCGCAGAACCGCGAGACACUGCUCGUGCCCGACGUCGAGAAGUUCCCUGGCCAUAUUUCUUGUGAUGCGAGUAGUCGGAGUGAGAUUGUCGUUCCGAUUCUGUUUAAUGGGGAGACGGUCGCGAUCAUCGACGUGGACUGCGCGGAGCCGGAGGGUUUCGAUGAGGUGGACAAGAAGUAUCUCGAGGAGUUGGCGCAGGUGUUGAGCGAGUGUUGUGAUUGGUAAGGUGAAAACAACAAUUUGGAAACGUUAAAUGAAAUGGAAGGAGAGGGGUUAUAGAGUGAUGGAGGAUAUGAAGAGGGAUAGGGGCGAUUGAUAGACUUCGGAGCGAGGAAGGGUGGAUGGACAUGGUAUGAUAUACUACCGACAGUCAUGAUAAUACCAUACCAUCCCAUCCCAUCCAGUAUCU